AUGGCACCUCUCACACCACUACAGGUAUUACGCCGAGGCUUUGUCCGGCUCCAGAGCUCCUCCUCCCCGGCCAAGAGCACUUCUACCACCAACCAUACAAUCUCCAACAAGCAGCUGCUCUAUCUCACCGAUAAAUCAUCUCCCGGCUCCAUCUUCUUUCUUCCCCAUGGUACCAGAAUAUUCAAUAAAAUGGUCCACUUCAUGAAGAUUCAACAGCAAAAAUACGGGUUCCAGGAAGUUAUCACCCCCCUCAUAUACAAAAACGACUUGUGGAAGACCUCCGGCCAUUGGGAGAAUUAUAAAGACGAUAUGUACAAAGUGGUGGGUAAUGACCUCACCAAAGAAACAGAAGAACCCCACCAUCACCACCACGAGUACGGACUAAAACCCAUGAAUUGUCCCGGCCACUGCAUCAUCUUCUCUAAGUUCGACCGCUCAUACAGCGAGCUUCCCGUGCGAUUUAGUGACUUUAGCUCAUUACACAGAAAUGAAGCUUCCGGGGCCUUGACAGGAUUAACCAGGGUUAGACGCUUCCACCAGGACGAUGGCCAUAUUUUCUGCACUUUAGAGCAGAUUGACCUGGAGAUUCACAACACCAUCAAGCUUAUUCGAGACACCUACGGAGUGUUUGGUCUUAACCAGAAUAUCGAAUUCCACUUGUCCACGAGACCAGAAAACUACAUUGGUGAGGUCCAAACGUGGGACCGUGCCGAAGCCGAGUUGAAGAAGGUGUUGGACGAGGCGUGUGGCCCCGGAAAUUGGCUCGUCAAACACCAAGAUGGGGCUUUCUAUGGUCCUAAAAUAGAUGUCAUGAUUACUGACAAGUUUGAGAAAGUCCACCAGAUAGGAACCAUUCAGUUGGAUUUCAAUUUGCCCGAGAGGUUCAAUCUUUCGUACGUGGAUAUGCAAGGAAAUAGAGACAACCGGCCCAUAAUGGUCCACCGGGCAGUUUUUGGGUCGUUGGAACGGUUCUUCGCCAUUUUGUUAGACAACUACCAGGGCAAAUGGCCGUUUUGGUUGAAUCCAAGGCAGGCUAUCGUCAUUCCCGUCAAUAGUUCCCACUUAGAGCACGCAGAAACAAUCCGGAGUAGGCUCGUUGGCGAGUUGUUGUCUUCUGCCGAUGAUAUUUCCCCUAUGACCGGUUACAACUUCUAUGUGGAUAUCGACAGCAGAAGUGAGACGGUGGGUAACCGCAUAAAAGAGGCCAUUGGCAAGGGUUAUUCGUAUAUUCUCAUGGUUGGUGAUAAGGAUAUCGACAGUGGGACGGUGGCUAUACGGAGCAGAGAUAGCCGUCAGGUCCAAAACAUGACGGUGGAUGAAAUAUACCAAAAGUUCAUCGCAUUGGAAAAGAAGUACCAAUAA